GUUACAGAUGCUCCGUCCCAGGAAGGUCACCUCUCGGAGCAGGAACCCGAGCCGCCCAAGGCAGACAGUGACAAUGUCUUUCUCAUCAGGGCGCAAGGAUUCCCCUUCUCCUGCACCGAGGAAGAUGUGCUUACCUUUUUUGAAGGCUGUAGAAUUCGAAACGGUGAGAACGGCAUACACUUCCUCUUAAACAGGGAUGGGAGACGCAGGGGGGAUGCCUUGAUCGAGCUGGAGUCAAAAGCAGAUGUCCAGAGAGCCUUGGAAAAGCACCUGAGGUAUAUGGGCCCACGCUAUGUUAAAGUUUUUGAAGUACACGACAGUGAUGUAGAAGGCUUACUACAAAAUCUGCGGGAUGAGUCACAAGCCAUAAAUGAUGGAGUCGUGCUACUCAGAGGCCUUCCGUUCAGCUCCACUGAGGAUGAUAUUGCAUAUUUUUUCUCAGGUUUGAAAAUAACUGACAUAGCUUUCGUUUACCGAGGAGAAAGAAAAACAGGAGAAGCUUUCGUGCAGUUUGCAGCUCCUGAAAUGGCAGCUAAAGCCCUGCUACAACACAGGGAAUAUAUGGGAAGUAGGUAUAUAGAAGUGUACAUAAGUAGAAAGCAUCAAAUGCAAAGGCACGUGCCUUAUGACAGGCAGCUGCUGACCUACCCCAAAGUGAGAAAAGAACAUGAACCCAUCUCUGAAGAAAGGCCAUUGAGCAACACGGGAGGCUCCACCGCUGAAAGAGAAAAUAAAUUGUGCAGAGAAGAAGAGGAAAGCUCCGGGCACGUUUCAGAAUCUGAGAACAUCUCAUCACCACUGCACUUUGUUCACAUGAGGGGUUUUCCUACACAAGCUAGUGCCCAAGACAUAAUAAAUUUUUUUGCUCCGCUGAAGCCCGUGAGGAUCAUGGUGGAAUACAACUCCCAUGGAGAAGCCACAGGAGAAGCAGACGUGCAUUUUGAGAGCCAUGAGGAUGCAGUUGCUGCAAUGGCUAAGAAGGGGUCACAGCUGCGUGUCAACCCACACUCGUGUUACCAGCGGGACCUGAGCAAACGUGCCUCGAGCGUGCAGCCCCCGAAGCGUAACAUCCGGUACGCGGAGGCAGAGCCGUUCACAGAGCCCAGGACAGCAGGAAAGGCAAGUGGUGACGCUGGCAGCAACCGCCGUCUCGCUCUGACCUUUCUAAAGGCCGGUUUCCAUUCCAGCCGCCAGAGCUGUGUUCUGAAGGGUUUCCAGCCAGCCCACGCGUAG